CUGACCACGACCGGCUUGACUUUAAAAUUAUACAACUUCAUGCCCACGAAGACGAAAGUCUGUCAAAUUUUAAUGAAUUAUAUAUGUAUAUUAACCAUAUGUCAGAUGUUACUAAAGUAAAAUAAAAAUGUCUGGAGUUCCUGUUUAUCUGAAAGGACGUGGAAGGGGAAGAGGUCGUGGAAAUGCUGAACAAAACAAAGCUAAAUGGACAAAUGGCGGUAGCUCUGAAAACAAUGUCAAGGACAAUGGAUGGAAAAAUGGUGUUUCCAGUAAACAACCAAAAAAAGAAAUAUCACAGACCAGUAUCAAUAAUAAACUCAGUGUAGAUGAAGCUCAGAAGAAAUUUGAAGCUGUUAGCAGCAAGCAUCAGCAGGCUAUACAAAAUGUUUUGGAAGAAUCUCAGUUCUCUGACGACGAAGAAGAAGGAGAUAUUGGGGAUAAUGUAUUAUCAACUGUCUUCAAGUCAUAUUCAGAUACUAUAGACCAUGGUGAGGAUGAAGAGAAGGCCAGAGGAGAUAUGAUGUACUCGUUUAGAUCAGGGACAUCUGCUUGUCUUGUGUGUAUAGAAAAUAUCAAGAGAGAAGAAGCAAUAUGGAGUUGUAAAGUGUGCUAUGCCAUGUUUCAUAUACCCUGUAUACAGAAAUGGGUCAAAGAAGGAGUUUAUCAGCAAGUGUACAAAUCCGAUGAGAAUAUUGAUGCCAAAUCUGUACCGUGGCACUGUCCAAAGUGCAGGACAGAGUUCUCACAGAUCGAGUGCCCAACCAGAUACACAUGUUUCUGUGAGAAGGUUAUAGAACCAAAGUUUGACCCAUGGUUAGUUCCACAUUCUUGUGGCCAGACUUGUGGCAAAAAGUUAAAACCAGAGUGUGGACACACAUGCUUACUCCUUUGCCAUCCAGGUCCUUGUCCACCCUGUCCAAAAACAGUUUGUGUCACAUGUUAUUGUAAGAAACAGUCCCCUCAGAUCAAACGAUGUAGUGCCAGGACUUGGUCAUGUGGUCAGCCAUGUGGUCAUCAGCUUACCUGUGGUCAACAUAGAUGUCAGGACACUUGUCAUUCAGGGGACUGUCGGCCCUGUACAAAGACAAGUAAACAGAAAUGUAUGUGUUCAAAGUCAGUGGCAGUGAGAGAAUGUGCCACUCCCAAGUGGCAAUGUGAUGAGCCCUGUGGAAAGAGACUUGCAUGUGGUAACCAUGUUUGUGAAAAAGUUUGUCAUGGUGGAAAUUGUGGACCUUGUCCAAGAUCUGGACUCAGAAAAUGUCCUUGUGGGAAAACAGAGGAUUCACUGCCAUGUACUGUGGACAUUCCAACAUGUGGUGAUACCUGUGGUAAAAUGUUGGAUUGUGGGAUACAUACCUGUCCAGAGAGAUGUCAUACAGGAUCUUGUGGCAAGUGCUUAAAUGUUGCAACAAAGACCUGUUUAUGUGGACAACGAAAGAAAGAACUACCAUGUUAUAAAGAUUAUCAUUGUGACACAAGAUGUACCAGAAUGAGGGAUUGUGGGAAGCAUCAGUGUCGGAGAAAGUGUUGUGAUGGGAAUUGUUCUCCUUGCGAACAGACUUGUAACAAACCACUUGGAUGUAAAACUCAUAAAUGUGCUAGUCGUUGUCAUCCUGGUCGUUGCUACCCAUGUUCCAAUACAGUAGAGUUAACCUGCAAUUGUAAAAUGGCAAGGAUAACAGUUCCGUGUGGAAGAGAAAAGAUCACCAAACCUCCAAGAUGUCACCAAAAGUGUAGGAGACCACCAUUAUGCCACCAUCCUGCCACAAUACCACAUGCUUGCCACUUUGGGGAAUGUCCACCUUGCAGACUUCAAUGUUUAAAGAAGUUGUCUCCAUGUUCUCACCCUUGUCCUAUGAUGUGCCACUCAGCAGUCAAGGUCAAGAUUAAAGAAAAUUUAAAUGUUGCUGGACCUUGGGAAGGAAGACCAACAAUCAGAGAGGAAAUUCAAGACAAACCUUGUCCACCCUGUAAAGUACCUAUAGCUAUACAAUGUUUGGGAUUACAUGAGACUGGUACCUUUGCAUGUUCCGAGGUUAGACCCUACAGUUGUGGUAGGCCAUGUGACCGUCUGCUGGCCUGUGCUAAUCAUACAUGUCAAUUACCCUGUCACCAAGUUACUGGAGCAAAGGAGAAUGGAAAGGCUGGUGACAAUUGCAGUCCGUGUGAAGAGGGAUGUGACAAGCCCCGCCCAGAUGGGUGUACCCACAAGUGUCCACUACUCAAGUGUCAUCCCGGUGAUUGUCCCCCUUGUACACAGAUGAUCCGCAUGAGGUGUCAUUGUCAGAUAAUGGUUCAACACUUAGAUUGCAAUAAAUUGACUAACUCUGACAAGAAUACUAAAAAUACCCUGAGGUCAUGUGGAGGACAGUGUCCGAAAAAGCUAUCAUGUGGACAUGUUUGUAGUUCUAAUUGUCAUGCUGGUCCUUGUCCUAUGGAGAAGAAAUGUACCAAAAAGACCACACGGAAAUGUGCAUGUAAACGUAUUAAAAAGGAAGUAGUUUGUAAAGACGUGACAAGCAAAGUGCUAGAUUGUGAUGAGAAAUGCAAAGAAGAACAGGAGAAAAAGAAAGAGGAAGAAGAAGUAAAGAAGAAAUUACUCAACGAAGAAGAAAUUAAACAGCAACAAGCCAAAGUGGAAGAAUUUGAGAAGAAGAUGGGGAAAGGGAGAAAAAGAAGAAAGAAGAUCGACGAAGAGGAGGAAGAGAAAAUAAGUUUUAUACAGCAACACAAAAAACUUAUAAUAAUGUCACUUACUGUGGCUGUUUUAGCAAUAUUUGCUUAUAGUUUAUUGUUACAGUGAUUUUUGUUAUUUGUUAUGGGAACUUCAAAGCUAUUAAAAUUUGGUAAGGUUUUUACAGUCUAUGGUUUAUUAAGUUUUGAAUAUUAAUUUGUCUUAUUUGUUGUCUCAUUGGGUUGCUUUCUGAUCAAUUUACUGUGGAUUCACUAGAAAAAUUCAAAUGUUCAUUGAUUAUUUUUGAGUAUGUGAAACACAAACUCAAAUAUUAAUCAAACAUGUCAAACUACAAAUUAUCUAUACCAGUAAGCUUUUAUGAGGGUGGUGGUGGGGGUUUACAGAAUAGAGAGUAAUGGGCAAAAAAUAUAAAUGAUAGAGAAUAAUGAGGUGUUGAAAUAUAAAGAAGAGACAAAAAUGCCCUAGCAAAUUCAAGAAAACAGAAAUGGUGGACCCUCCAUACAGAUUUUUGCAAAACCAUGGAAUCAAUUAUCUACAGAUUUUCCUGAUUCCCAGGCCCGUAGCCAGGAUUUUCCAAAGGGGGGUUUGUUGGACUCACAAACUCGACUUUAACAGUCGCAAUUCGAACAGAACGUUGACUUUAACAGUGCUUAUUUGUUUUCAAGGGGGGUUUCGUCCGAACCCCCCCUGGCUAAGGGUAUGAUUCCAUGUAAACUUGUAUCCCAAAAACAUAAGGAAUUCACAUUCAACCCCUCAUCUCCUUUAUUCCUAGUGAUAGUAGAAACAAUCAAAGGUUAACGAAUUCCCAUCUUAUUUAACUGAAUAUUUAUCCAGAACAAUAGAAUUGUAGAUGAAGGGCGUUGUCAGUUUAUUUUCUUAUCUAUGAGCUUGACUCUCCCUCUGGUAUCUUACGUCCCUCUUUUGCAAGGGAGAUGGGGGAAUCAGUAUAACCAUUGUUUACUGUCUCUUGAAAGCAUAGCAAUUGUUACCAUUCGUCUUUCAAAUGAUGGAAUAAAUAUUGAAAGGAUGACUGAUAAACCUGAUUGAUCAAAUAUCUGUCCAUACAGCUAAUGUAAAUCUCUAAAACCAGCAGACGUCAAUUUUGUAAACAAAUAUUAAUAAAAACUAAAUAAAUUAGGAAACUCUUAUUAUAAAGUUACUAUAAACUUGUCAGACAUUUUGCAAUGUUUUUUGUUAGUGGAACAAUUUAAGGUAAUAGUACUUGAAAAAUAUUACCUCACAUUUUCAAAAUAAUUAUUCUUGCAAUUAUGUCCAUUGCAUUUCAAUCUAAAUAAUGAAUAUUUGUAAUAAUUUUUUUAAUGAAUGAAAAGAAAUUGUCAGUAUAUAUAUCUACACAAGAUUGAGAUUUUCCGGUGCUUUUGUUUGAUGUCUUUCAAUAUUCAAUGUAUGUCUAUUUAUUAAUAAUUUUAAUAUUACCUCAAACAAAAUGAUGAUGUUAUUUGUAAUGAUGUAUAACUUACCUUAACAUUGAUGUAAUAUAGUUUGUACCAAUAGAUUACGUAUCAUGCCUUAGUGUAUCAUGUGUCACAGACUUCAGUCUAUGUCUUAAUGAUAUUUAAUUUACUCUGUUAAGUGAUAUGUUUUUUUCAGUUGAUUUUUUUUUUUCAAGGGUUCAACAUAUUUUUUCCACACACAAAAUUGAUCUUUUUAAGGAAAAUCAGUAUUUAGAACCAAAAAAACACAAGACAAAAUAAAACCUAAUGAACAUCACAAGUUUAUUGUGUAAACUUUGUGCAUGCAAAAUCCCUCUAGUAAUAUUCUCUCUUCUCAUCUAGAAAAACCAAAGAAUAUUAAAAAAAAAUCAGCUUGCCUUGACAAUAGCAUUAACCCAAGCUCUUUUUAAUUAUGGAAAUAUAUUUUGUGAUAUUUUAUUAAAGUUUGUAAAUUAUGAUUUGGUUAAUUAUUUAUUAUGUAGAACAUAUUUUUGACAGAAUAAAUAAAGGUUUAUGUUUAUGUG